UGAAUGAAACCUGCAUUUUGGAGGAAUUCGGAGAAAGAUUUAGUACCGACUACUGCAGGGAGGAGUUUUAGAAACGCGGUAUUUUCCUCAAACAGUCGUUCAGAGAUUAAUAAUCCCUCAUUCCCCGGGGGUUAAUAAUCCCUCAUUCCCCAGGGAUCUCGGUGGCAGCAGUGCACAACCUUCCAUGCGAACACAUUUUGUCUCAGCGUGGUUCAGGGAUCCUUCUGCCUGACCACCUGUCGGAUAUUGACCCCUUCACAUCACCUAUCCAGUUAUUAUUACUGCAGUGGGGCCGUUUCAACUACACUGAGGUGUGGGAGGGGAAAGGCUGACCCCUGGAAAGAAGACCCAGUGUAAAAUGUGCGCGCACAGCGUCCUGCUGUCUGAGCUGCUCCAGUCCCGCUGAUAGUGUCACGCCGUCCAACUUCUCCUGGAGUCUUAAACCCAAAUAUUGUGGACAUGGUGAAGCUAAAGAUUCAGUGCAUUCUAGUUUUAUUCACCUUCUAUGUCCGAGGGGGGCUGUCGGGGGAUGCUGAAGCACGCCAUGGAGCAAAUAUUGUUUUACAGAGAAUAAAACGUCAAAGCAAACCAACAAGACCAGUGCUGAAGGUGACAGACUACCAUGUGAAGUGCUCAGUGGUGUCCCGCUAUGCCGUUACCACAGUCCAGAGUUCAGUAUGGAACCAGCUCCCCGUCGUGAAGGAGGCUGCCUUUGAGGUGGACCUGCCCUCCUCUGCUUUCAUCUCCAACUUUACCAUCACCUCCAAUGGCAAGGUGUACGUGGCCCAAGUGAGAGAAAGAGCUGCUGCCAGGAAAAUUUACGACGCUGCAAAGAAGCAGGGAAAAACAGCCGGACUUGUUGCUACCAAAGAGAGGGAGAUAGAAAAGUUUCGUGUGGCGGUGAGUGUGCCGUCAGGUGCUCGGAUGUCCUUCUCUCUGUCUUACGAAGAGCUGCUGCCUCGUCGACUUGGUCACUAUGAGCUCAGUUUGGCUCUGAGGCCCAGACAGCCUGUUCAGAACCUGACAUUAGAUGUCACUAUAUCAGAGCGGACAGGCAUCAGUUUCAUCAAAGUCCUUCCUCUCAAGACAAGCCGACUGCUCUCCAACACCACUCAGGGUGACGGAGACGCCCCUGCUUCCACUCAUGUCGAGCGGAGUGCUGGCUGUGCUCGAGUUUGUUAUAGUCCCACUCUGCAGCAGCAGAUCAGCAUCUCUUCCAAGGGGCUUGAUGCAGACUUCAUCAUUCAGUAUGAUGUGGACCUCAGAGAUCUCAUGGGUGAUGUCCAGGUGUAUGAUGGCUACUUUGUGCAUUACUUUGCACCCAGAGGGCUUCCUGUGGUUCCUAAGGAUGUUGUAUUUGUCAUUGAUGUCAGUGGCUCAAUGAUAGGCACCAAGAUAAAACAGACCAAGCAAGUCAUGAGUACCAUCCUUGGGGACCUUAGAGAGGGUGACCACUUCAACAUCAUCACCUUCUCAGACAAGGUUCACACUUGGAAGAAAGGACGAACUGUGCGGGCAACUAGGCAGAAUGUACGAGAUGCCAAAGACUUUGUGAAGAGGAUUAUUGCGGAAGGAUGGACCAAUAUCAAUGCAGCUUUGCUCUCAGCUGCCCAGCUCAUCAACCCUCCAUCAUCUGGCUCUUCCAACCACCUCUCAUCUCGUCGUGUCCCUCUAAUAAUUUUCCUUACUGAUGGCGAGGCAACCACUGGCGUAACAGCUGGUGAUGCCAUCCUUAGCAAUGCCAAGAAGGCUUUAGGCACAGCCUCUCUGUUUGGUCUUGCCUUUGGAGACGAUGCAGACCUCCUCCUUCUGAAACGCCUGGCUCUGGAGAACAGAGGUGUAGCUAGGAUGGUGUAUGAGGAUGUGGAUGCAGCCUUGCAGCUGAAGGGCUUCUAUGAUGAAGUAGCCAGCCCUUUGCUGUCAGAUAUCCAGCUGUCCUACCUGGAUGAUCAGGCAUUUGACAUCACCCGUUCACUGUUCCCAAACUACUUCCAAGGUUCUGAGUUGGUGGUGGCUGGGAGGGUUAAACCAGGGGUUAAGGAUUUAAAGGUGUCAAUGUCUGCCACCGAUUCAAAGCAACGUGUCAAGCUGGAGAGUGAUAUCUCAAUUUCCCACGCAAAGGGGAGUGGGAGAACAGAUUCUGUAGACUGUUUGGGAGGUUUAGAAGCAGUUUCCACCUUUGUGCAUCGUCUGUGGGCAUAUUUCACCAUCAGAGAGUUGUUAAUGGCCAAGCUGAAUGCUACUGACCCUGCAACUCAGAAGUUACUGGCAGAUAAGGCCACCAACCUCUCCCUCCAAUAUAACUUUGUAACACCAGUCACAUCUUUAGUUGUUGUUAAGCCAGAUGCAGAUGAAGUGGCUCAAAGUCAAACCACUGCAAAAACCACCAUAGCACCCACUGUAACCACAACAGCAACAACUGCUGCUGGUGGUUCAAAGAAGCCGAGCUCACCUACAAACCAUAGGCCUAAAAAAACGAUACCCAACCCUCCUCAGCCGCCUCUAAAUUCAGCACAAACUAAAAAAAAAACAUCGCCGACUUCCACAGCGAAAACACUGGGUUCACUACCUAAGAAAACAACUGCAACCUCAAGUCCCGCCCCUGUCAAGCCUGCCCAUGCGCCAUUAUCUGGUAAAAAGCCCACUCCUUCACAAAAUCAUUCAAAAACUGACCCUCCUCCACCUGCUCGAAAGAUAUUCACACCUCUGCUAAAAGCUCUAAAAACAGCACCACCCCCUGCACCUGGAAAAGUCUCCACCCCUCAGAUCAACACCAUGAAAACAACAUUCACCACCACCACUACCGCCACAUCGCCACUCAGUUCUGUCAGGCCCGACCCUGCACCAGCGCCUGGGGCACCCCUGACCCCUCCGCUCAGCACAGCUCUCCCUCCUGUAAAAGUGACAGUGCCCUCCACGGAGAGCAGCACCUCAUCUGCUCCAGAUGCUUCUCGACCUGAAAUCAUCACCACUCUGCCUGAGCUGUCAUUUCCCCUCACCUCUCCUGCCCCCACUAUGGAAGACAACCACAAAAAUGCGAGCACUGACACAGACCUGAGCAUUGCUGCCUUGGUGUCAGCCACCUUCGCUCCCAUGCCUGGUCUAACAGGUGCUCCACCACUGUGGGAGGCAGCUGAGCUCCUGGAUGUCUCUACUUCCAUUCAGAUUCAGAGAAAAGGGGAUGAUACUGCAGAUACAGGGUCAUUUGAAUCUCUGUCUAAACCGGGCACCGUCAGGAUCUUCUCCUCAUCAGUUGAUGGAGAUCCUCACUUUGUGGUCCGGCUGCCAAAGCUGCAUCAGAGCCUGUGUUUCACAGUAGAUGGCAGGGCGAAUGACGUUCUCAGACUGCUGGAGGACCCAGAGAGAGGGAUCACGGUGGAUGGCCACCUGACAGGGGCCCCCUCCAAGCAUGGCACAGAAGCCCGUUCCCGAACCUACUUUGACCAGCUCACCUUCUCCUUAGCCACAGGUGGCUCUGGUAACAUCAUAAUCACAUUGUCACUGAAUGCUGUAGUGGUGCAAGGAGAAGGGCAGGAGAUCCUUCCCAUCGAUCAGCAGGGAUCCGUGACAAGGCAGGGUGUAACGGUUGCUGUAGACAACCACCGGAGCUGUUGGAUCGAGCUGGCCAAGGAUGUGCGCUUCCUGGUCCUGUUCCACCACUACAAACACCCCAGCUACCUACAGAUGGCACACCUGGGUUUUUACAUCACAGACGGACGGGGCCUCUCUGGCUCAACCCGAGGCCUGCUGGGCCAGUUUCAGCGUGCUGACAUGAGUGUAACAGUGGUGAAGCAUCAUGUGGAUGAAGGUGCUCAGGCAGCUACUAAGGAGGCAGUUUUAACCAGGGGAAUUCUGAGGUGGGGGUCAGAGCACCUGCCAGUCACCUUGCAAGAUAAGACGCUGAAGGACACGUUGCGGAAACGCCACUUCGGCAAGUGUUGGGUGGUGCCCAAGGCAGAGGUGGGGAGACUACUGGGACACGCAUAUGACAGCUACGUCGUGGCUCAUGUGUAAUCCUAGCUGAGCCGGCUCCACCUUGGUGUCUCUCUGCUGCACAGCUCAGGUCACAGCAGUGACGGCAGGCUUACUGGACAAAAGAUGAACCAAAACUGGAAAUUCACAAGGCUGAAAUGACAUUACUACAGUCUCUGCAUGAGACCGUCUAAUAUUCCACGCAAAACACAGGUGUGGUUACAGGAGGGUGUGACAGAUUAGACUACAGUGGAUCAGAAAACUUGCAAUUUAGCAAAUAAUGAGGAUGGUCCAGGACAGAAUGAUGUCUUUGUGCCUUCUCCAUUACUGUAUGUGAACUGGAUUCAAGCUCUGUUUUCUGUAUUUCUGACAGAGAUGCAGUGUUCUCCUGUUCGCAUGGCAACCACAAAAUGUCUGUUCGUACUGCAGCAGUUUGUGCUUGUUUCAGAAUGUUUCACACACUGUUAAAGAUAUUCAUCAAUUAUGAUCACAGGAUUAUUUGGCAAACCAUAAUCUUCCAUUUCAUUAUACGUUAAAUUAAAACUGUAUCAUUCUGUAAGUUGUAUUUUCUAGUACAAAUGUAUAUAAAGUACUAUUGUAUGUGUGUAUAGAUGACAAAAGGUUACUCACCUGGAUGUAGUGAUUUUAUCUUCAAAAAGAAACAAACCAAAAUCAGGCUCUUUCCUGGUUUGCCAUGUGCUUUUUAUUUUUCUAUCAUGUCAUUCAUAGUUUAAUUCGUUUUGUUACACGAGACAUUAGGCAUUGUUCACAUACUGGUGAUCAAACAAGGACAUUAAGUUUCUACUACUCAGCCUGAACAGUUUCGUUGAUCAGUUUCAAGGGAUAUUGUCAAUAUUAGUUUUUCAAAGGCCAAACUAGAUGGAAAUAAAAUAGCACAACCACACACACACACACACACACACAGAGGAGGAUUUUGUUUUUAAUAAAUAAAAAAAGAGAUGCUGAGAGACGGGCAGAGGAGGGACAGCUUUAAAUAUAUCUAUGUUCACAGAGUCAAGGGUAUUCCAGUUUUUGUCUGACAACAUGUUUCCAGUGUCAAACUGUUGUGAACACGCAACUGUACAGAUUUUGAUUUCAGCUCCGGGACAGACUUGCUGGUCUCGUUCCAUCAAAACCUGUUUGUUAGGAAUGCAAAUAAUCACAUCAAAUUAUGAUGCAACACCGGAAUGAUCAGUAAUUAAGGUAAAGAUAAGACAUGACACAGCAAAUAAACAAAAACAGAUCAUUUGAUUUUGCUGUGCAUCACUGUUUAAAAUUCAUUUUAUCAUCAGAACAUAAACUAGUAGCAUAGCAUAUUCAGCAUUUGACGUAAACCUUUCCACAGUACGUCACUGAAAUCUAGAGUAUUAACAGUAAAAUACAUCAACGCCCCAAACGCGCAGUAACUUUGUGGAGAGUUGUUUGGUUGUGGUGGAUCAAGGGAAAUGAACUUCUUCAGGGGUUGAAAGGAAACAUCACAUCUGUUUGUUUUUAAUGUGUACCGAGUCGAGCUACAGAUCCAUUUGGCUCUGAGGGAGCGUGUGCUGCAGGUGAGGAAAUGCUUCCACUCAGGUGUAAAAUCACAGCUCUCCUUUGAUAGAAAAUAUCCUUUAUGUACUAUUCAGACAUGCACUACUGAAGUGAGCACUGCCAGCGCCUUUUGCCAAUAACAGCAACACCAUUUUGGCACAGGACUGACCUGCCUCUAACUGUUAGUUAAAACAAAGCAGACUAUUUUUGGAACAUGUGAAUCAGACCCCUGAUUAAGGCUGCAGCCAAAUAAAAAACAUCUUGGUUUA